CGGAAGAGUCGCCGUAGCCAGCCGAGCCGGGAGAGUGGGGAGCGGAAGCGGCGGCCGCGACCGCGGCAGGCGGCGCUGGGACCCGGGAGCGGCCGGAGAACAAGGGAGCUGGCGCCGCGGCCGGCCGCGGAGCUGGGCUGAGCCGCUGGGCCGCGCCGAGCGCCGCUGCCGCCGCCCGAGAGGCCCGGCCCGGCCUCCCGAGCAGGCAGCGCGCGGGCCGCCGGGCCCAAGGCCGGAGCCAUGGGCGAGACCAAGAUCAUCUACCACCUGGACGGGCAGGAGACGCCGUACCUGGUGAAGCUGCCCCUGCCCGCCGAGCGCGUCACCUUGGCGGACUUUAAGGGCGUUCUGCAACGACCCAGCUAUAAGUUCUUCUUCAAGUCUAUGGACGACGAUUUCGGAGUGGUGAAGGAGGAGAUCUCGGACGACAAUGCCAAGCUGCCCUGCUUCAAUGGCCGGGUGGUGUCCUGGCUGGUGUCGGCUGAAGGCUCACACCCAGAACCAGCACCCUUCUGUGCUGACAGCCCGGCAGAACUGCCACCACCCAUGGAGCGCACAGGAGGCAUCGGCGACUCCCGGCCCCCAUCCUUCCACCCUCACGCUGGUGGGGGCAGCCAGGAGAACCUGGACAACGACACAGAGACUGACUCCUUGGUGUCUGCCCAGCGAGAGCGGCCACGCCGGAGGGACGGCCCGGAGCACACAACCCGGCUGAAUGGAACUGCCAAGGGGGAGCGGCGACGAGAGCCAGGGGGUUAUGACAGCUCCUCCACCCUGAUGAGCAGCGAGUUGGAGACCACCAGCUUCUUUGAUUCAGAUGAGGAUGAUUCCACCAGCAGCCUGGUGGGGAACGACUGUGGGCCCCACAGGUUCAGCAGCUCCACAGAGCAGAGCAGCGCCUCACGCCUGAUGAGAAGACACAAGCGGCGGCGGCGGAAGCAGAAGGUUUCCCGGAUUGAGCGGUCUUCGUCCUUCAGCAGCAUCACGGACUCCACCAUGUCACUCAACAUCAUCACCGUCACUCUCAACAUGGAAAAGUAUAACUUCUUGGGCAUCUCCAUUGUGGGCCAAAGCAAUGAGCGUGGUGAUGGAGGCAUCUACAUCGGCUCCAUCAUGAAGGGUGGGGCCGUGGCUGCUGAUGGACGCAUUGAGCCAGGAGACAUGCUGUUACAGGUAAACGAGAUCAACUUUGAGAACAUGAGUAAUGAUGACGCGGUCCGAGUACUUCGGGAAAUUGUGCACAAACCAGGGCCCAUCACCUUGACUGUAGCCAAGUGCUGGGACCCAAGUCCGCGUGGGUGCUUCACACUGCCCAGGAGUGAGCCCAUCCGGCCCAUUGACCCCGCGGCCUGGGUCUCCCACACUGCAGCCAUGACCGGCACCUUCCCUGCCUACGGCAUGAGCCCUUCCCUGAGCACCAUCACCUCCACCAGCUCCUCCAUCACCAGCUCCAUCCCUGACACAGAGCGCCUAGACGACUUCCACCUGUCCAUCCACAGUGACAUGGCUGCCAUAGUAAAAGCCAUGGCCUCCCCUGAAUCCGGGCUAGAGGUCCGUGACCGAAUGUGGCUCAAGAUUACCAUUCCCAACGCUUUCAUCGGCUCGGAUGUGGUGGACUGGCUGUACCACAACGUGGAAGGCUUCACUGACCGGCGAGAGGCCCGCAAGUAUGCCAGCAACCUGCUGAAAGCCGGCUUCAUCCGCCACACUGUCAACAAGAUCACCUUCUCCGAGCAGUGCUACUACAUCUUCGGCGACCUCUGUGGCAACAUGGCCAACCUCUCCCUCCACGAUCACGAUGGCUCCAGCGGCGCCUCCGACCAGGACACGCUGGCCCCUCUGCCGCACCCAGGGGCCGCUCCUUGGCCCAUGGCUUUCCCUUACCAGUACCCGCCGCCCCCACACCCCUACAAUCCGCACCCAGGCUUCCCAGAGCUGGGGUACAGCUAUGGCGGGGGCAGCGCCAGUAGUCAGCACAGUGAAGGCAGCCGGAGCAGUGGGUCCAAUCGUAGCGGCAGCGACCGGCGGAAGGAGAAGGACCCUAAGGCCGGGGACUCGAAGUCGGGCGGCAGUGGCAGCGAAUCGGACCACACGACCCGCAGCAGUCUGCGGGGGCCGCGGGAGCGGGCGCCCAGCGAGCGCUCGGGUCCUGCCGCCAGCGAGCAUAGCCACCGCAGCCACCACUCGCUGGCCAGCAGCCUGCGCAGCCAUCACACGCACCCAAGCUACGGCCCCCCUGGGGUGCCCCCUCUCUACGGGCCCCCCAUGUUGAUGAUGCCCCCACCGCCCGCGGCCAUGGGGCCCCCGGGAGCCCCUCCGGGCCGCGACCUGGCCUCUGUGCCCCCCGAACUGACCGCCAGCAGACAGUCCUUCCGCAUGGCCAUGGGAAACCCCAGUGAGUUCUUCGUGGAUGUGAUGUGAGCAGGGCCCCUCCCCCACUACCAUCCUACCCCGCCCCAGGCUGGCUGCGUUCCUCUCUCCGUCCGUCUUUUUUAUUUUGUCUGGUACCUGAAAGGGAAAUAAAUGGAACUAAAUCCAGGCGCGCUAACUGCUCGCUGGGUGCAGCGAGGGUGGGGUGCACCCACUGAUCAGCAAUGCAGCGCUUAACCUGCCACCGGCCCCAGCUUGUCCCUCUGCCCGCUAACUGCUGCGCAGGACUUCCCAGGAUCGUUCAUGUCCCCUGGGACUCAAAUGGCUAGUGCUGCUCCUUACCCUCCCCCAACCCCCCUCCACACACAUUUCAAGAAUUGACCCCAGAGGUGCCCUUGAAGACCUGCACACCCCUCUUCCCAGUUACUUUUCACCAUUUAGCAGCAUCAUCCCUCUAUUAAUCUUGCAUGCAUGCCAGUUUCUUGAUUUUUUCCCUUAAUACUAACACCAAAAAAGACUUGCUUCAUCUGCCCCUCCUCCUAACUGUCCCCACGUACUGCCUCAGCCCUGCACCCUAGAGCUGCAGUCCCCUCCAGUAACCAUCCAUACUAACCCUACCUGUGCUCAACCUUAGCAGAAGCCCAGAGGGCCCCCUCAGUUGCUUGAGCUGCUAGCAGAUCCCAGGGAGCAUCUCUGCUCUACACCCAAACCUACACCCACCCCAUGCCUGCUCCGUGUGCUGGUUCCUUCAGACCCCUAACCCUACUAAUCAGCAGGCUCAUCUCACCUCUGGGCUGAAACAUUUCUUUUCUUUUCUUUUUUCCUCUCCCAAUUUUUCCUGGGCCUGGAGCAGCCAAGAAUUUCGGGCUGUUUGACUUUCUGUGAGUCCCCAGCGAGAGGAGGCCCAGCCUCUGAGGAGACCAGGAACCUUGCUUCAGCAGCCCCUCAGGGCUUCCCAAGGAUAUUCAGCCCCCAUACCCACACUUCAACAAACACGUCAAGUCACUAGACUUCUGAGAAUCACCCCAGCCUCUCACCCACCUACGAGAGCCUCUGUUCCCCUUUCCCCAGAGAAUUCUCUGCUCUCUCAUUCCCUCUCUCCCUUUUUCUCCCUCUGUGUCUGCCUGUGUCUGUCUGUCUCUCUCUCACACACACAUGUGCCUAUGCAAGUUAACUUAAGCCUCAGGGCUGGUCCCUGACCAGAGGGCUGGACCCUCUCUCCCAGUCCUCUCCCAGGUUGUGGGGCUGGUCCCCUGACUUUUUUCUCUUCAUAGCCCUCACACCUCCCGCAUAUGUCCCCAUCAUCUUCCUAUCUGAAUAAAACCCAUAAGCUGGACUCAGCACAAGAUACCCCAGGCAACUAACAGAUUGUUCUCAUUCUGCCCUCCACACCCUUCUGUGUUUUCACAGUCAUCAUGAUAACUCAGAGCAAGGUUGGGCAGGAGGACUUCUGGGACUUCAGAUAGAGUGCCAAGUUUUGUGGGGUGGUUUUUUAUUUAUUUAUUUUUUUCUUAACCUUAUUCUCCCAUUUAAACAAAUCACAACUUUCUCUAUGAGCCUCUUCUAUAAAUUCUGGCUUACCUAGGCUUCCAUAUUUUUAGACCUGGGGUGUCAAGAGUAAGAUGAAGUCCUAAGCUCCCAAGUUUUGGUGUAAACCAGGGUAGGGGUAUUUUGGCAUUCAUUCAUUUAACAAAUAUUCCCGGGGUGGGGAGGGUGGGGCAGGGUUGGUGCAUAAGGGCUGUGUUAGAAGUGUAACUCAGUCAUGUCUUCCUUCUGGGAGCUCUAGGUUCGCUCCCAGCUCAGACCAUGGUUGCCUCUAGCCACUACUAUGGGGCUGCCUCCUGUACUUCUCUUCCUCCUCUGGUUCUGCCAUCUCUGACUCUCUUGAGGAUUCUUCCCUUAUUGCUCAUGCCUUCAGGGUCCCUGUAUUCCAUCAUUGGUCCACUUCUCUUUCCUCUCUAUUUGCUCCCAAAAUAGAAUCAUCCAUCCUGAUGUCAACUGCCAUUGAUAUGCUGGUGAUUCCCAAAUAUAUAUCUCAAGCCCUAACUGCCCUUUAUCUUUAGAUCUGUAUUUUUAUCACCCGCUGGAUAUCUCCUUGGACAUGUCCAGAUGGACUCAACUCUUUCUGUCCCUACUGCCAAGUAUGUUCCUCCUGAAUUCCAACCCUGGUUACAUUCAUCCCUCUUCAUAGGCUCACCAGCUAGAAACAUUUACGGGCUUAAAUUCCUUCCCAUAUUUUACUAGUCAGUAUAUCAUAUCCAUUCCACUCCAAGUUUUCUUGUUUUUGGCCCUUCUUCUCCCCUCUGCCUCUACUCUAGUUCACAGGAGCUUGGGAUUUGGAGUCAGGUUAUUCUGGGUUUGAAUCCCAACUCUACUACUUUUUGGUUGUGUGAUAAGAGAGUUAUUUAAUCUCUCUGAGCCUCAGUUUCCUCAUAUAUAAAAUGAUAAUAAUACCUACCUCACAGGGUUGUUGUGAGGAUUUAAAUUAGAUAUUGUACGAAAAGUGCCUAGCACAGUGCCUGGCACACAGUAGAAUAGGUGCUCAAUAAAUGGUAGCUAUUAUUAUUACUA